CCUCAAAAUCUAAUAACCACACAUUUAAUUCUCAACCCCUCUAAAACAUGGCUUCUAAUUCAUCAUGGUUGUAUCUUUCUCCUUCAACAUUCACAAUGAAAAUUCUCAUUUUUGUCUUGUUUUUUGUACCAUAUUGUGCUCUUGCCUUUGAUUCACAAAUGGUCAUAGAUUCUCCUAUGUUAACACAAAAGGUUGGAACAAAUCGCACUAUUAAAGUUGAUAUCAAUGGAAAUGGGGAAUUUAAAUCAGUUCAAGCUGCAAUUGAUUCCAUUCCUGAAGGAAAUUCUAAUUGGGUCAUAGUUCAUAUUAGGAAAGGAGUAUAUAGGGAAAAAGUGCACAUUCCAAAGACUAAGCGUUACAUAUUCAUGAGAGGGAAUGGAAGAGGAAGAACUGCCAUAGUUUGGUCUCAAAGCUCUUCUGACAAUAUAGAUUCUGCCACCUUCAAAGUUGAAGCCACCGAUUUCAUUGCUUUUGGAAUUAGCUUUAAGAAUGACGCACCAACAGGGGUUGCUUAUACUUCACAGAAUCAAUCAGUGGCAGCAUUUGUGGCAGCAGACAAAGUAGCAUUUUACCAUUGUGCAUUUUACAGUACACAUAACACACUCUUUGAUUACAAAGGUAGACAUUAUUAUGAGUCCUGUUACAUUCAAGGCUCCAUUGAUUUCAUAUUUGGUCGUGGCAGAACCAUCUUUCACAAUUGUGAGAUGUUUGUGGUUGACGACAAGAGGAUCAAUAUUCGUGGGUCAAUCACAGCUCAAAACAGAGAAAGUGAACGUGAGAUGAGUGGAUUUAUAUUUAUCAAAGGCAGAGUUUAUGGCAUUGGUGGGGUGUAUUUAGGAAGAGCUAAAGGUCCUUAUUCAAGGGUCAUUUUUGCUAAGACAUACCUCUCCAAGACCAUUGUCCCAGAAGGAUGGACCAAUUGGAGUUAUGAUGGAAGCACAGAGAAUCUUUACCAUGCGGAGUACAAGUGCCAUGGACCAGGAGCUACAUCGGAGGGACGAGCGCCUUGGUCGAGGCAGCUUAGCGACGAAGAUGUGGCUCCAUUUUUAUCCGUUGAUUACAUUGAUGGCAAGAAUUGGUUGCCGGCGUGGCAAUAAUCAUGCUUCUUCUGUACAAAUUAACUCUCAAAUAUGCAAAAUUAUUAAUAUGCACUAUUUUUACUUUCUAAUAUAUACUUUAGAUUUGUAUAGGUAUAGUUUUUAGAUAGAGUCCAAGAUCUUGUAAAAGUAGGGACGAGGGGUGCCAUGUUUCUGUCUUCUUUAACUUGUUAAUAUUUGUAUCAAAUCACAAGAAACAUGCCAUGUACGUGUAGUUGAAA